AUGCCUAUCAAAGUGCAUGCGAAGAGCGCCACUGUUGGAGCCAUCCCCGCGAGGAUUGACGAUGAACGACCAGAUGGGCUUACGUGGAAGCGAGAAUCCCUAGAUGGCGACCUGCGAGCAGCAGGCCGACGCAGGGAAGCCUAUGGGUCUCAGCCGCAGUACCCGAUGGGCGUGGCUCGAGCAGGGGAUAUGAACAUCAGCAGCAGCAGCAGCAACAGCAAUGCGAACACCAGCAGCAGCAGCAGCAACGGCUUCCGCAGGUUCGCCCCUGCAGCUCACGCCUCCAGUGCUGAUGUGGACAGAGGCUUCGGAGCGCUGCGUUCCGGGUCUGCGCAGAAGCCCACGGGAUGGUCUUCUAGCCAGAGCGUGUCUUACCCGGUAGCUUCUGCUGCUUCUGCUGCUGCUGCUGGCGGAGGCACUGCAGCAGCAGCGAUGCAGCAGCAACGCAAAGGCCACAGCGCUGCCCCUGCAGCGUGCCCGGCGGCUCGAGGCAGCUUCUCAGGCAUCCGGCGGCAGCCCCAAGCAGCGGAAGCAGCAGCACCUGCAGCAGCAGCAGCAGCAGCAGCAGCAGGACAGCAGUACCGCGGUCGUGUCCCAGGAAAGGGCCCCACGAGCCCUGUGCAUGCAGAACCCACCAGUCGGCAGCCCAGCAGCCCCGGAGACGCAUGCAACGGCUUUGCUGCGCUGCGGCGGGACAACAGCAGCAGCAAAGCCAGCCAGGACACUCCGGGGGGUCCCGAGGCCCCCGCCGGGCCCCGAAGGGAGGGCGUGGGGGCCCCUGCGGGGGCCCCCACGACCGCCGGGGGGGCCCCCGGGGGGGCCCCUGGGGGGGCCCCCCGGGGGGCCCCGGGGAACUCGCCCGAAACAGCUUCUGGAGGGUCUCCCGCGGGGGCCCCUGAGGGGCCCCCAGCCCUCGUUUGGUAG